AUGGCAGCCCUCCUCACAGUCGUGAACCCCGAAGCCCUCCAUCCUCUUGCCGUGGAAUCGAGAGACGCCAUUUACCGCAGUAGCAUCCAGAACAAGAGCGUCUCCUUGUUCUGGAUUAAAGCUCACGCGGGGUUGGAGGGUAACGAGAGAGCCGACUCGCUCGCAAAGGAGGCUGCCCUAAAGUCGAAACGCAAGCCGGACUACGAUAUGUACCCGGUAUCAUUCGUCAAACGCUUUAUCCGCAUGGAUACGCUUGACGAAUGGAACCGGAGAUACAGCACGGGGCACACAGCGUCCACCACCAAGCUGUUUUUCCCGAGUGCGGUUGAGGCGUACAGGACGGUACGCAAGCUGAGUAUCACCAAGGAGUUGACCCAGGCUCUAACGGGGCACGGUGGGUUCUCCGAGUAUUUGACUCGCUUCAAAUGCAAGGACAACCCAGCGUGCGCCUGCGACCCUAGUGUAGCUGAAAAUGUUUCCCACCUACUGCUGGACUGUCCUAUUCACGGCCAAGACCGUUUUUAUGUGGAACAGCAUACCGGUCUAAAAAUGGAAGCCGGAAAUCUGGAAAUUUUGAUAAGCAGCAAGAAAUACCGGGACAUAUUUGCAAAUUAUGUUAUCAAAAUUGUUAGACAUGUCAAUAAUAGGAAUAGCUAA